UCAAGCAGAUCUAUCAGCGCUGAUCAACAAUGACUACCGAAGAUACCGAUAUGAUUCAGUCGAAUCCAGCCGAUGAAAUGAAGCAGAAGGCGCUGGAUCGCUACAAAGAGACGCUGUUGAAGCAUAGGGAACAAGAAGCAAGAGUCCGUGAAAUGAGGAAGAACCUCCGAGAGCUCAAUAAGACCUACGACAAGACGGAAGAGGAUCUCAAGGCUCUUCAGAGUGUUGGUCAGAUCAUCGGUGAGCUAUUGAGACAGCUGGAUGAUGAGAGGUACAUCGUGAAGGCGAGCAGCGGGCCCAGAUACGUUGUUGGUUGUCGUAACAAGGUCAGUCGGGACCAGUUGAAGCCUGGAACCAGGGUUACAUUGGAUAUGACCACUUUGACAAUCAUGAGAAUCCUCCCUCGCGAAGUUGAUCCUCUUGUUUAUCAUAUGGCCGCCGAAGAUCCCGGCAAGGUCAGCUACUCCGACAUUGGAGGGCUGGGUGACCAGAUCCGUCAGAUUCGCGAGGUGAUUGAGUUGCCUCUUAUCAACCCGGACCUCUUCGUUCGCGUCGGUAUCAAACCUCCCAAGGGUGUCCUGCUAUAUGGCCCGCCUGGAACUGGAAAGACGCUAUUGGCUCGUGCGAUAGCCUGUAACAUAGAAGCUUCUUUCUUGAAGGUUGUCUCUUCCGCCAUUGUGGACAAGUACAUCGGAGAGAGCGCGCGUCUCAUUCGUGAGAUGUUUGGAUAUGCUAAAGAGCGACAGCCGUGCGUGAUUUUCAUGGACGAGAUUGAUGCCAUUGGGGGAAGACGCUUCUCAGAAGGAACUUCUGCAGAUCGUGAAAUUCAGAGAACUUUGAUGGAGCUUUUGAAUCAGCUGGAUGGAUUUGAUGUUUUGAACAAAGUGAAAAUUAUCAUGGCGACGAAUCGUCCUGAUGUUCUGGAUCCUGCUCUUCUCAGGCCUGGCCGCCUUGAUCGCAAGGUCGAGAUUUCCCUCCCUAACGAACAGGGAAGGCUUGAAGUCCUCAAAAUCCAUGCUGCUCCCAUCACUAAACACGGCGACAUUGAUUACGAAGCAGUGUGCAAGUUGGCAGAUGGGUUCAAUGCUGCAGAUUUGAGGAAUGUCUGUACCGAAGCGGGCAUGUUCGCUAUCCGAGCGGAGAGAGACUACACAAUCGAGGAAGACUUCAUGAAGGCUGUGCGCAAGAUGGCAGAUUCGAAGAAGCUUGAGGGAACACUCGAAUACAAAUCAGUGUAAAUUAGGGCAGCAACUCAUGAGUGAAAGAAGUCUCGACC